AUGGCUAAAAGAACUAAACCUUUAACUCUUGAAUAGAAGAGAGAAAAAAUGCUCCAUGUCUUCCAUGAAACUCAAUAAGUUUACAACUUGAAGGAAAUUGAAAAAUUCUCCACAAAGGCAGGCAUUGUACUUCCUACUGUAAAGGAUGUUUUGAUGAGUUUGAUUGCAGAUGGACUUGUUGAUUCUGAUAAAAUUGGUUCUGCUAACUUUUACUGGUCUCUCCCUUCACAAACUUACUUGAUUUUAAAAUUAAGAUUAGCUGAAGCAGAACAAAAAAUGAAAGAUUGCGAUUAAAAAAAGGUAGAAUUAGAGGAUGAGCUAGAGAAAUCCGUUAUAGAUAAAGAACCAAGCGAUGAUCGAACAGAAUAGCUGAACAAAUUAAAGGAAUUGUAAGAAACUUUAAAGAAGAAGGAAAAGGAUUUAGAAAAAUACAAGAAAUACGAUCCUGAAAGACUAAAACAACUAGAGGAGUAAACUGAAGAUCUUAAAGCUAAGGUUAAUCUGUGGACUGAUAACUUAUUCUCUUUAAAAUCUUACAUAUAAAAAUUAACUCCUAUGGAUGAUGAAGAAGUUGAAAAAGCCUUCUCUAUUCCAGCUGAUCUCGAUAAUGUAUGA